AUGCGGUCGCAUUGUAGUCCGGCGACCGCAUCUUAUGCUCCACCAGUUGUCAAAUCUCGAGGACUCCGAACUUAUGAUAUCGAUGUAGGAGGUUCAGCUCCUCGAGCUUCUUCUCUUCGUGCAACACCAAUUGAUCUAGAUUUUCCUGUGAUACAAAAGAGCAGCAUAGCCUUUGCAAAGCCAACCACAAUUUCUACACUGGAACCUACAUCUUUUGCAAAACCGUAUAUACCGAGUGGUUAUUUGAGUAGCUCAGUAAAAACGGCAAAUCAAGAAGUUUUUGCAAAGCCCUACAUACCUUCAACAUCUUCAGAAUGUUUUGCAAAGCCAUAUAGUAAUCUAAAAUCUUCUGAAGAAUUGACGAAACCAUAUGAACCCUCAACAGUCUCUGCAAAACCAUAUAUCUCAUCAUCAGAAGCUUCUUCUACAAAACCAUACUCUUCAAGUUUCUUUUCUAAGCCAAAAGAGCCCGAAGUGAAGGUUCAGCCUUCGAGUAGUAUGUUUUCAAGAAAAAUGUUCACACCUUCGACAUCAAGUGCACCAAAACCGUACGAGCCCUCCACGUCUUCUACAUUUCAAUUUCCGGAAAUCAAACCAAAAUGGUACACUUCACCAGUGGCGGAACCGUUAAUAAGGCCAUACAAUUCAAAACCAAUUGACACUCCAGUUAGCUAUAAACCAUCCACAACAAAAGCGUACGUUAGUCCAUUCCGUGAGUCGGAAGUACCGCCCAUUUCCAGUCUAUCGACCCAUGUGUCGGAUGAAUCACUGGCCAGGAAUGCGAGUAUACUAUCGGUUUCCAAUGAGCUUCCACUCAUCGUCAAACCUCUUCGUCGUAACUUUUCGGAGCAAAGACGGACAACAUUAGUGGAGCCACCUGCUAUACCAAUGCCAUCGGAGUCAUUUUGUAGUUCUCUACCAAGAAACUUUCAUCGGCCAACUGUGCUACACUGUGCAGCUCCAGUUGUCAUUGGAACGGAUACAUCGGAAGCAAUUCCAUUCAUUGAUGAAGAUCCACCACCAUCAUCUCUUCCAGCUGUACCAUCUCAAUCUUCAUAUAUUGCACCUCCAACAAUCAAACCAUCAGUCCAAUCAAAUUCUUCUCUCCAUCGUAGAGAAGACAGUGGCUAUCGUUCGAUGGAAAAUAUUCGAAAAAUGAGUAUUCCUGAAGCAGCACAACCUGUGGUUGCGAUGAUAACACCAUACACUUCAAAAGAACCAACUUCCUCGAAAGUUGAAUCACAAGAUUCAGUAGAAGAUUUUCAUGAAGAUCCAUUUGAUUGGGGAGAUGAAUAUUUAAAUUCUGGGGCAAAAAGAAGAUGCAGCUUGGUACUUCGAACACAAACUUCAUUACGCGUCAAAACUAUAAUUGAUAAGCUUCUGAAUUGUUCUGGACGUGAUCAACGACGCGCAUUAUUCUCCCUCAAACAGAUAUUCCAGGAUGACCAAGAUCUUGUUCACGAGUUUGUUCAAAAUCAAGGUCUCGAUUGCAUGAUUCGAUUGGGUCGAACUGCUGAUCAAAACCAUCAGAAUUAUAUUCUACGAGCUCUUGGACAAUUGAUGCUCUAUGUGGAUGGAAUGAAUGGAAUAAUUGCACAUAAUGGAACCAUUCAGUGGCUCUACGAGCUUCUCGAUUCACCAUUGUACAUCGAUGAAGAGCGUAAAGAAAUGUCGCCGUUUCGUCUUGAAUGGUUCCGACUUGUUGUAAAAACAGCUCUUAAACUACUUCUUGUGUUUAUCGAAUACAAUGACAACAAUGCAUUACUGGUGCUCACAGCCAUUCAAACCGUUGACAAGUCGAAGGGACAAGCUGAUUGGUCUGGACUUAUGAAGGUGCUGACUGAAAAAGACUCACCAGAUGCUGAAACUCUUGUCUACGGAAUGACAGUUGUUAAUAAGGCUCUGCAUGGGAUUCCAGACAGAGACACGUACUACGACGCAGUAGAUACACUAGAUACACUGGGUAUGGAGGAUGCUAUAAAAAGUAUGAGCAGAUCGAACAACAAGGAGCUCGAGGAGCAAUGCCGGUUGUACGAAAGGGAAUUGAAAGAAGAAGAUGAACGAGGGGAUAAUGAUGAAGAUGUUGUCAAGAUGAGAUCUUCCGCUGACACAUUCAAGAAUCAAUCCCGACGAUCGAGUCAAGGAUCUCAUGAUUCCGCAAUCACAAUGGGAAGUGAAGAAGAUGGAUCAAGAUGCAGUCCUGAUAGGGAUAAACAGACGCCUUCUCCAGCACCUUCUUCACAUAUUAUACCAUCUUCUCCACUUAUCCCUCCAACUCCAAGUGCAUGUAAUACACUUGAGAGAAGAUCCCGAGCAUUUGAACAUGAAAUGCCAGAAGAUCGGGAAACGGCGUUGGAAAAAUUGAAUAGGUCACUCCAUAAUCGGAGGGAAAUGGAGAAGCAGAAAGCUGAAGAAGCUAGACGAAAAGAGGCAGAGAGAAUCGAGGAAAUCGAGAGAAUGAGGCAACAGGCAGAAGAGAGAAGACGUAGAGAAAGAGAAGAGGAAGAGAGAAGAAAAAGAGAAGAAGAGGAGGCAGAGAAACAGAGAAAACGAGAGGAACGAGAAGUCAGAUUCUCAAAGAACGAUAUUUCUCCAACAACAUCUUCUGGAGUAGCAGAUGACAAGAAGGCGACGAUGAGGCGACGACAUGAUGAAGCACGCCGUCGGCAAUUGGAACAUGAACAAUUCACAGCGAAUAGGACGUUGUUUAACAAAAUUGAUAUUGGAGCCGCUCCACGAAUUCCAUCCCCAGUUUCCCCAACAGUUUCUUCAUGGCAACCACCAGUCAGGGAGGAUAUUCAACCGACUACAUCUACUGCAACUAAUAACAACGAUAUCGGGUCUAUUCGCAGCAAAAAUAUUCCGGCGCCGAUUCAGUUGGUUCAGGAAAAUCAAGAGAACGAGAUUCCGAAAGAAACCGACGAGAGUGAAAGUUCGAAAUCGGUAAAAGCUCCACCUCCAUCAUUUCCUACUUUAUUCUCCCCUACCGAAUCAAAAACAAUGGACUUCUCAGAAGUUGCACCUCAAGAGCCUGAACCAGAAAAAGUGGCACCACCGCCUCCGAGAGCAAAGAUUGAAGACACUGGAAGUGGCAACAGUUUUGCUGAUAUGCUCCAAAAACGAGCCGCCCGUUCAGCAGAGGCGAACCGUGGAACUUUUGAAAAGAAAGAAUCCGAAGCAGAAAUGCAAUGGAAGAAAGCGGCGGAAAAUCUUGAAAAGAGACCGCUAAUCAUCAAUGAUCUUGAUUUUUCGCAAUUCCACGGAGUUGAAUAUCAACAGGAUCCAUUGCAGUUGGCGAGAAUGGCAAAAAUGAAGGAAAUGGCGGAGAAUGGAAUGCGUGGAGGUCCUGUUGGUGUUGGUGUUCCACCACCACCUCCACCACCAUCUGCUAUUCCAUUACCACCAAGAUUGCAAGGAGGAAUCCCACCACCACCUCCACUUGGCAUCAUUCCUCCACCUCCUCCUCCUGGCAAUUUGCUUAUGAACGGUAUAAAUCGAGGAGAUAUCAGUCCAGCAGCCAACAAAGGAGUUCUGAAAUUACAUUGGAAACCAGCGACAGUUGAACAACCGGAUGGAAUUCCAUCAUUAAAACAAAAAGGAAGCUUCUGGAAUACGGUCGAUGGAGCUGUUCCAACAUUUGAUGCUAAGAAGAUUGUACAGUUGUUUGAGACGAAAAAGGAGAAGGAAGCACCGGUCAAGAAAGUAGCCGAAACUAAAACUCAAACUCUAUCUGUUCUUCCUCUGAAAAGAUCGCAAGCCAUCAACAUUGGUCUAACUAAAUUGCCACCGAUCAACGUCAUCCCUGCAGCAAUUAUGAAAUUUGACUCUUUGGUUUUGAACAAGGACGGAAUCGAAAAAAUUCUGAAAACAAUGAUGCCGUCACCGAAAGAAAUUGAAGAAAUUGAGAUCAAGGCAGCAGAGAAUCCAGAGAUGACGUUGGGAAAUGCUGAACAACUUCUUUUGAAGCUUUCACAGAUUCCAUGUCUUCUUGAGAGACUUCGUCUUUGGCUAUUCACCUUGGAUUAUAAAAACUCUGAAAAGGAUAUUGCUGAGCCCCUUAUGGAUAUGCAAUUGGCAAUGAAAGAAAUGGAAGAAUCACGAACAUUCAAAGUUGCGAUGGGAAUGCUUUUGGCCAUUGGAAACUCUUUAUCAGGAACUGAUAUUAAGGGUUUCUAUCUGGAUUAUUUAACAAAAGCAUCAGAAGUAAAGGAUCCAGUCUACAAGCAUACUUUGACAUAUCACUUGGCUGAAUAUAUGGUUGAACACUUCUCAGAGGGUACUGAUUUGUACAGUGAAUUUGGAGCAGUUGCCAGAAGUGCUCGAGUUGAUUACAAAGAGCUUCUUGAUAAUUUGAUUCGCCUCGAGAAAGACUGCAAGAGCUCAUGGGAAUGUUUGGCAACAAUCAGUAAAAAUGAUAACUCAAAUAUGAAGCAAAAAAUCAAUGAUUAUCUGGCAGAUGUUGCUCAACGAAUUCAUCAGUUAAAGGCAAUCUAUACAGUCACAAAGAACAGAUGGCACUCUUUCCUUUUGUAUUUUGGAUAUUCAGUUGAUGAAAUUCCAAAUCAGACACCAAAUGACGUGUUCAAAAUGGUAACCGAAUUCUCGUUGGAAUACCGUACCACACGAGAUAAGAUUCUACAACAACGUAAGCGGUUGGCAGAGAAGAGAGAACGCAAUAAGACACGUGGAAAGAUAUGGGCUCUUGAGGGUAGCUCGGCAGAGGGUGGAGCCGGAGAUGCAGCACCUCUGCGACGAAGAAAUCAUGGUCCAGGAACUGUAGCGCCUGUUCAAAACUCUCAACAAAGACACGACGAUAUGUCGAAAAUGUUGGCUUCAAUGGCAGAUGACAACAAUUCUUUGAGAAGAAGACCAGCUGGAUCCAAUGGAGUCAAUGGGCGCAACUUUGGUGGAAGUGUUAAAGACCUGGUGGACACUGAAUCUCCAGAAGAUGAGAUUUUGAAUGGAUUGGUUAAAGCCGCAACAUUGCAGACUGAUCCAAGAGAUCAACGACGUAGAGCUAGACAGUUUAAUCGAAAAUCUCUUCGCCGUACACGUACCCUCAAAAUGGUUGAUGGACAGCUCGAAACAAACUACUAG